AUGGCUAAGAAUAUCAAUGACUUUGACGAUGAGAGUAAUGAUGUACUUCAAUUGUACGUAGUAUUGCAAGUUGUAAUGCAAGAAUUGUUUGCCUUAUGCAUUGUAUCUUUUGUUGUCAUUGAAGUUAUCUUGAAGUAUUUAUGUAAGUAUCCACAUAAUCUUAUUAGAGGACCCAAUCGGUUGCAAGAACAAAUGGACCAUAUUAACCGUUUAGUAAAAGAAAGUGACAUAACAUGCAUUGAACAACUCUGUAUGGAUCGUUGUUCUUUUAUGACCUUAUGCAAUAUGAUUCAUACAAUUGGUGGGUUAAGACCUUCAAAACAUGUCACUUUAGAAGAGAAUAUGGCCUUCUUCCUCUUCAUUUUGGCACAACACUUGAAAAUACGAAAUGUUAAGUACACUUGCUAUAAAUCUGGACAGAUUGUCAGUCGAUAUGUCAAUGAUGUCUUAAAGGCUAUGCUACGCCUACAAGCCAAUUUACUUAGCACACCAAAUCCUAUUAUCGACGCAAACACAAAUCCAGGGUGGAAUUGCUUCCAGAUAAAUAUAUUGUCCACAAAUUUGAAUUGUCUUGGAGCACUUGAUGGCACCUAUAUUAGGGUUCGUGUACUUGUGAUUCAUCAAGCAAGGUAUAGGACAGGAAAGGGAGAUACUGCUACUAAUGUUCUAGGAGUUUGCUCCCAACAAAUGGAUUUUAUGUAUGUGUUGCCGGGGUGGGAAGGGUCAGCAGCUGACUCUAGGGUUUUAAAAGAUGCAAUCAAUCGGCCUAAUGGCCUAAGGAUUCCAAAUGGUAAUUUCAGGAUACUUAAUUCUUUCUAA